CUUUCAGAAUCGUGAAAAUGGCUUCUGACGAAGGUAACCCAAACGGCACUUUGAUAAUCGAUGGAAGCGUUAUGGAAGGGGUAUUGUAAAGUAUUUCAUCCAAGAGAUAUUAAAAAACACGAAUAGUUGAAUAAGUUUUCGCUUUUUCCACAUAGGGAGGUCAAAUCCUUCGGAAUGCAGUCAGCUUCGCAUGCCUGUUGAAUUCUGCAGUUUGUGUUCAGAAUAUCAGAGCUGGAAGGUCUGCACCAGGAUUGAGAGCUCAACAUAUGACCGGUACUUUUCGCACUACAUUUCGAGCAAAUUAAAGAGGCGAUUCUCGCAGGUGCAACUUUGCAAUUUAUAAAUUGUAGGAGAGAGGCCUAAAAAGUUCAGGCUUCGACGGGAUUCGAGCCUGUGCCUCCUACUAGACACUACUAACAUACAGCCGAGCCACGGAGCCACAUAUUGGGUCCUGAAUUUUCCAGGCUUCGUUUGCCACCCAGAAAGUUGGCAGUUUGAGAUGGCGAGUGUUUCACUGCACGUGAGCUAGCUUCACUCGCAAGAAGCUCCAAACUUCGCAUAUUUCAAAGUCAGAGACGUUCUUGAAAUAACUUUUCCUUUAAAUCGACUUCUUUUCUAUAUAAAAACAUUUAAAAAGGACAAAGAUUCAACAAAGAUUCUCGUAUGGAAUAAGCCAACAAAAUAUUGAUUAAAAUUGGUAAUUAUUCUUUAACCCUUUAACUCCCAAGAUCUGAUUGAAUUGUUAAUUCUCCCCUCUAGCUUCUACACAUGCCCUUGUAAAUUAGUUACAAGAAUUUGGUUGGCAUAGAUCAAGAUAACUUCUACCUGAUAAGUUUGAGUAUUCUCAUUACCUGUUUGUUGGAUAAUAUAUGGAUAUUAUGGUGAGAAGAUACAUGUUAAUCACUUCUGGCAGUCUAGGGCUAAACCUCCUUUAAGAGGUUUUGGGUCACAGUUAGUGUCAUGACUAUUUACCAACAGUCAGCACUUGAAAAUUUCUGCUCAAGGAUUUGGGGCUAAUGCUGUCAUUAAUUCAUGAUUUUAAGGACUGCAACUGGUGCGAGAUGUUACUUCUGGUAAACUUGAAGGUGACAAAAUUGGUUCCACUUCGAUCUCUCUUCAUCCAGGCAGUAUUGGUUCUGGGAUAUUUUUAGCAGAUACUCAUACAGCUGGGUGAGAUAUGUUAGAAUAAUUGCAUGACAAGUCUUCUGCAAUAUGGAGUUUUGUAAGAAGGAUGAGAAAGAUGGUAAGUUUUAAGCUUGAUGAAGAAAUACAGAAAGAUGCUUUUCAUUUUGCCAUGUUUCUUUACCAAGCUUAUAACUCACCACCUUUCUAAUUCUAUUUACAAAACAUGACGCUAUCAACGUUAAUGAUCCUAGCAGUAAGCAGGAUGUGUAUCAUAUAUGACCUUUGUAAUGGGCCAUGCCCACCAUAGAGUCUCACUGGCUCAGUGAUAGAGCAUCAGAGCAUGGAAUCUGAAGAUCUGAGGGUUGGUUCCUCAUAGAGACUCAGAAUUUUUUAUUUUUCUUAUGCUGGUGACAAGAUGAAAAAAAUCUUUCCCUAUUCUCAAGUUUGUAUAUUUAACCAGAUAAUAACAUUAGGGAAAAUGAAAAAAAGUAAAGUCUGUCUUCAAACCAAGUGGCCCAUCCAGCCAUAGUUUAUCUUGAAUUCUACAGCCCAGGAGUAAAAGUACUCCUCCCUGAAUGGGAUGCUAGUCCAUCACAUUGUGACCCCCUCAGCAUUUUAUCAGGCUCCCUUGAUAAUUUGCUUGUACUCAUUUUUACUCCUGGGUAAAGAGAGGAACUGUAUAACAACCUUUUAAACCCCGAAGAGUGACCAGUAACUAAUCUCUCCUAUCAGCAUCACCCUUAAAAUAAUAAAAUAUACAUUGAGGUCAUGAGAAUAAGGAAAGGAUCACCAACUUAAAGAGCUCUUGAUUGUUAAAUAAAUUCUUUAUGUUGGCAUCAUAGGAAAUGUUCAGAAAACAGUAUGGAGAAUAUGGAAUAUUUAUCAUAGGAAUUAAGAGCCCCAAAGUAUGGAACUCAACGGGUGAAAAUUUGAAAACCUCCUCUAUUUCAAACUUCAAGGAAUCAGUUAAAAAGAAAUUUUGUCAAAGAUUAUUACUUAUAGAGUUAAUUUAGAGUUAUUGUAUUAUUAUUGGCAGUUGUGUUGUUUCCCAAAUUACCUCUAAAUUAGUCUUUGUUAAAUUCUGUCAUCUUUUCAAGUUCUUGUGUAUUUUUCCCCAAAUUAGAAUUAGAAUUUAGUUAGAGUGAGAACCUAUUUUCUUCCUAGGGUGACCUUUAUUGAUCCUUUAAUUUUUUGUUUUAUUUUCCCUCUGUAAUCAUUGUUUGGUCCUGUCACCAAAGGCAUCAGUGAGAGGGAAAAUGUAGCUGAUGCAUUGUGUGACAACACCAAAGAAAAGCUGAAAAAGAGACUUGUAAGAGUCGGUGUGAUUUCAGUUUAUUUGUUGUGUCAGUAAGUUAUUUUUCUCAUCCUACAGGAGUGUUUCUCUGCUUAUGCAGUUGGCUCUUCCUUGCCUUCUAUAUGCUCCUGAGACAUCAAAGUUAAUACUUAAAGGAGGAACAAAUGCAGAAAUGGCCCCACCUAUUGAUUACAUGACAGAUGUAAGUGCUGAGGCAACUGUAUUUUUUUUAACUUUUGCCAGCAAGUGACCUGAACCAAUCAUUAUCAUUUUUAUGCAUUUCAAUUACAAGGUAAUCAUUGUAAUUGUGGAUUGUGAAAUGCUGCCAUCAGUUAUGUUGUGGAUCUCACAGGAAGCCUGUGCAAUAUUUUUGGAGUCUUUUUAGAAACUUCUGACCCCUACAAGAGAGACUAGUGUCUAAUUUCUCCCCAUGAUAUCAUCCUUGAAUCACACAUGAAGGUCAUGAGAAUAAAGGAAAUGAUUACCAUUACUCAAGAAGCUCUGGAUUGUUACACAAAUUCUCCCUGUCAAUGCCUUGGGAAAUGUAUGUGAAGCAGUAUGAAGAAUAUAUACACUGAUUUUAGGGUGUAGAGGAUUGAGAUAACCCUCCCAUGUUCUUGUGUUUUGAUUAGUAGACUUAUUUCCUAGGCUCUACUUUUAUAUCUGUGUUAUUAUCAUCAAAGAUGUAUCCUAACAGUGCAGCAGUUGGUUUAAGGUCCAAGUGUUUUUUUUGAUUAUAGAAAAUGUAUUUUAAAAUGAUUCAUCUUUACUGACUUCAGCCUGAGGAAUCAAUGUACAGUCGAACCAUUAUUAAGCAGUUACCCAUGGGGAAUGGCUGAGUGGUGGCAUUUUAGUACAGGUUGACCACUUAACACAGGUCCCACAGAUUAGGGGUAUUAUGAAAAACAAUAAACAAUGCCACUUUGUGUCAUAACUGACCACUAAAUGUACAGAAUCUUGCUCGUAAAAUACUAGUAACAGUAACUUACUUUGAUUUUGGAAGAGAAACAUGGAUUGAAAAUUACUUGAAGAAUUAUUCUUAGUUUUAAUUGAGUGCUCCCCCUUUCAGUGACCAUUCAAUACAGGUGGAGAAAAAUAUUAUUAAUGGUACUGCUUAAUGCAGGUUCAACUGUAUUUCUUAUUUUAUCCACAUGCAUAGCAUUGAAUUAAAUUAUGUAUCCUAAAGGAUUUUGAUUGAUAUACUUUUUAAAAAAAAACUGUUGUCCUUCUGCAGAUUUUGAGACCAGCUAUAAAAAGACUAGGUGUAGACUUUGAUUGUGAGAUUGUAAAAAGGUUAGUUGUCCACUUUAUAACUUGAGUUAAGGAAAUUUUUACAAAGGGCCUCUUCUCUUAUGCCAUCUAAUAAAUCAGAAAAACAUUUGACCCAAACUAAUGUGUUUGUUGUUGUUGUUUUUUUUUCUGUACAAGAGGUUAUUAUCCUAAAGGAGGAGGAGAAAUUCAUGUUACAGUAAACCCCGUCAAACAGUUGAAGCCAUUACAGUUACUACAAAGAGGAACAUUAUCCAAGAUUACAGGUUGUGCUUAUGUUGCAGGUGUUUUACCUUUCAAGGUUGGUAAAUUAUUUUUAAUAGCAGAAAACCCUGACUCAAGUAAGAAUUUGUGAGGUUGUUUUGUUGAAAGGAGGAAGUUAGGGGGUUCUGACAUAAUGAAGCUGUAGACAGUGAGGAUACAAUAAUUUUUAUUAAACGUAGCCUAAAGUUUCAAUUCUUCAAAUGGCUGUUUUGAUAGCUGUUAGCCAUCUCUUUAAAGAGUAGAGACGUUGUCCCAAAAUCCUCUGACUUUGUGCACUUGAACUUGAAUACAAAAGAACCCCUUAUGCAAUGACUUUCGGUUCAUUGAAGAGCGAGGGAAGUUUGGCAACCAUGUUUUGACAUUAAGUUAUCAUGUUCUCACAGGUGACUGGCUCUGUUUCAGUGGAAACAUGUCAUUUGACUUCUUUUGGUGGGCUUUCACAUUUGAUGGGCGGUGACUCAUGGCUAUUGAGAUUCUUUUACCAUUGCAAACAAGGAAGGUUGCCUGUGAGAACACCAUUACUUUACAUUUACAGUCAAAACCCCAUCACCAAACUUUUCAGCACAUUAUUCAACUGAUAAUUGUUCCUGACCAAUGACUAUUUUGAAUAUGAAAGCGAUCUUUGCAGUAAUGAGCACCACUUGACCAUUAUGUCAGCUCAGUUAGUAAAAUAAUGCCUGAAAAAAUUAAGGCCUUUACAGGAUUUGAACCCCUGACCUCUGCAAUGUUAGUGCAGUGCUCUACUAACUGAGCUAACAUUAUGACCAGCUCCCAGUUGGCUCACAUAAUAUUAUAAGAAUUUCCCUCAGGCCUUAUUUUCACUACUGCUCCUUCAAGUAGUCUUCAUUACUGCGAGGAUCACUGUCAUAUUCCCUUCUUUGUCUGCAGUUCACAUAUAUGAUUUUCAUAUAUUCACAGUUAUUAACUAUUUUACAUGUCAGACUUUUUGGUGUCCAAAUUGUUCCAGCUCACAGGUGAUUGAAACAGAAGUGCAUGUUUCAUCACUUUUUGUCACCCAAAUAACAAAGCUUAUUUUGAACCUUAAAUCCUAAUGUCAAAGUUUUGGUAUUUUCUGUCUAUGAAAGAACAGGGCCUUAGUUGGCUUAUCAAUAUGGUUGAUUUAAUCUUUGAAUUAAUAUCAGUAUCUGGGCAACUGCCCACCUACCCCUCCCCUAACCCAACAACAGUCAACUGAUAGCAAGUUAGGGUUAAUGUUGGGUUAGGGGAGGGGUAGGUAGGCAGUCACCUAGAUACUAGUAUUGGUCCAAAUUUUUUGAUAGAUGGCCCAGACUAUGGCUGAAGUGGCCCAUAAAAUGUUGAAGGAGAAGUACCCUGAUGUGCAGGAUAUUAAGAUAGAACCAGAUAAAGAACCUGGAGACAAGGCACAUGGAAGUGGAUCUGGAAUAAUGUAAUUCCUGUUAAUAAUUACUUACUUAAAUUAUUAGUGCUGGCACAGACUGUGAACAGAUAAUACUCCAUUCAAAAUUAUUUAUUUUUACCGAAGUCUUGCAGUUGUCUCAUUACUUUGGACCCUUGAGUUUCUAGGAGGAAUUGUAACUGUACUUAGUCCAGACAAUUAUUUUUAAAGAUGUUCAAAUGUCAUCGUCUUCAUUGUACACUUUGUACUCACAGACAUAGUAUACGUUUUAAGUGGAUGACAUACCAUAAAAGAAAAGAUUAUCAAGCCCCAAAUCACCCAAUGAGUUGAUUUUCCUCAUACUUAAAUUGCAAAUGUAACUAUUUUAGAAUUUAUUGAUAUUAAAUUUUUAGGCUUAUGGCUGAAUCCUCUACUGGAUGUAGAAUUGCUGGAUCAGCAAUUGGAAGGAAAGGUAAUUGCCCAUUCUGUACGUCAUAUGUAUAAUUAAGUGGUUAAAAUAUUCUCAGUUUUGAUUAUUAAUAACAAAUUAAGAAAACAAGCCCCAAACUUAGAUUGGUAGUUAUCACAGUAACAUUAACCCUUUAACUCUUAGAUCAAAUUUGUAAUUCUCCUUACUGUCAACCAUACAAUUCUUAUAAUGUUAGCACAGAGAAUUUAGUAUUUGGUCAAUUAAUUAUCCCCAAAUUGAUAUUUUUCUUAAUUCUCAUCACUUGUCAGCAUGAUAUUGUAUAGAUAUUGUAAGGAGAAAUUCUGUCUUGGUCACUCAUGGGAGUUGAAGGGUUUGCAAAACCCAAUAGACAGAAGAUAACACAUAUUCACCGGCAUAUAACACACUAAGAAAACUGACUAAUCAAUAUUGUAAGUUAAAUAAUAUUAUAUAAACCCCUGUGUAGAAGGUGUGUGACAGGUGUGAGGUCAGAGGUCACAGGGAUUCACCUUUCCCCUUUCCCAUGCUUCCCUUCAUUUGGUUUAGGUUACUCCCUGCUAUUUCCAUAGCAACUGAUGGUUUGUCUAAGAACCUGUAAUUUAAGAUCAAGGGAAGUGAUAUCUUGUUUCUUUUUCUAUGGUCAAGGUGUUUCUCCACAGGAGGUUGCAAGAAACGCAGUUGAGGAGCUGGCAAAUAAUCUUCAAUAUGACAGUUGUGUUGAUGAACAUCUUCAGGAUCAGGUUGAUUGUGUAGAAUUAUAAACAUAUACAUUUUACUUUGUAAUUCUAACAAUCCAAUUUAAGUAACUCUCCCUGCUGAUUGCCUCACAUUUCUUAUAAAUAAGAUAGGAGAAUUUAGUGUUUUAUCAAGAUAACAUCCUCCUACUGAUGAUCUUCUCUAUUCUCAUAACCUGUUCCCAAGGUGACAUAUUGGAAUCACAAGGAGAAGUUACAUGUUAAAAUCAUCUUUUAGAAUUUACAUGUUAGGGAAGUUCUACUGUUGCGUGCAUGUAAGUGUGAACAUGUGAUACUGAAACAUGAUCAAAUUUAGGUGUCAAACAGGGUAAGAUUGGUCACCAAGCAUUUGACAUUUUGAAGAUUGUAAUGCACUGUUUAUGACUGAUGAUUAUGUUCUGUGAUCCUCCAUUUCCAGCUGAUCAUAUUUAUGGCUUUAGCUGCUGGUCGUUCAUCUAUGAAAUGUGGACCACUCACUAUGCACACACAGACAGCUAUUCAUGUUGCUGAGAAAAUCAUGAAGGUAUGCUACUAUGGUGGCUUUUAAACUUGAGUGUUUUUUUAUGUCUCAGCAUUAAAAAGUGGUAACCAUUUAUGGCUGUUUCUAGAGUGAGCAGUGUGUGUGUAGAGGGACAGUGUUGUUAAACAUAUCAAGGCAGGCCUUAAGACUCGCAAGCAAGAUCUGAUAAUAAAUUAUCAUCUCUAGUUGCUGUAUACCUGUAGUUAAGGUGUGCAAGUGUAUGUGUGGAGGAACAGUGUUGUUUAACAUAUCAGGGCAGGCUUUGAGACUUGCAAGCAAGAUCUGAUUGUUAAUUCUCCCUUCUAGUUGCUAUACAUCUAUAGUUACUUGAUGUAACAUAGCAAUGAAAAUGUGGUGAGAGUGAUACAAUUUUCAAUCAGGUGUUAACCCCUUCACUCCCAAGAUUUCAUUAGUAAUUCUCCUUACUGUCUGCUACACAAUUCCUAUGAUGUUAGUUCUGAGAAAAUGGUAUUGAAUCAACUAAUUAUCCCUCAACUGAUAUUUUCUUGCUUGUCUGUUUAAUAUUGGAUUGAUUUGGUAAGCAGAAAUUCUUUCUUGGUCACUCGUGGGAGUUUAAGGGUUAAAAGUAGUCUGGGAUUGCAUUGGUUUUGGUUCACAGCCAUCUGCUAUUACUCCAGAAACUUUUAUUCCUUUCUAUAUAAACCAAUCACUAAAAAUAAAACCAAUUGGGACUUGGUCACAAGUAUUUUCCUGCAAGUCAGAUAGUUUGCCUAUUUAUACUUUAAGUUUUCAUUUGCUCCUAACCCUUUACACCCUAAUAUCAGUAUGCACAUUCUCCAUACUGUGCUCCAGACAUUUCCUACGGUGCUGACAAGAAGAAUUUGUUUACCAAUCAAGGACUUCUUUAGUUGGGGAUCAUUUCCUUAUUCUUGUGACCAUAUUGGGAUCAAUAUCAGUAUCUGGGCAACUGCCCACUUACCCUUCCCCUAACCCAACAUUAACCCUAACUUGUUAGCAAUUGACUGUUGUUGAGUUAGGGGAGGGGUAGGUGGGCACUUGCUCAGAUACUGAUAUUGAUCCCCAUAUUGUGUGAUUCAGGGGUGAUAUUGUAAGAAGCACUGAGAUUCUAGUCACUCCAAGAAGUCAAAGUGCUAGAGUUCUUCAAGAGAGACUAUUGGUAAACAAUAUCUAUCCACAGUUGAACUUGUAUUAAGGGGCAUUAUAUCAAGCAGUCACCCUAAGCAGUCACUUGUCAAAGUCCAAAAUUUUUUCUCCCUCAAUUACGGUAAUUUUCACAACUAGUAAGGGAUUGUGUUCACCUUUCAUUGAGGCUCCAUGGCCUGUUUGUAGUAUCCUUCACGUGUAUUUAAAACAUAGCGAGUAAAUUUGUCCAAUCAAAUUCAAUUGCAUGAGCAUGCUUCAUAUUCCUAUUGUGCACACUCAUGACGUCAGCAAACAAAUCCCUUGAGAAAAAAAAUUUUCCAUUGGAUUGAAAAUGUAAUAAAACAAUUGAUUCAUACAUGAGCUGUGCGUUCAUCGAGAUAUGAUGCACUAGGGAAGUUUGGAGAGCACUCAAGAAGCUAGAGUUGCUCUCGGCUAUGCCUCAAGCGACUCAUAUGCAUCUUUCAUGCUCUCCAAACUUCCCGCGUGCUUCAUAUCUCGAUGAACGCAUGCUGACGUAUCAACCAAUUGUUAAUGAACGGUCAUGUGAAGCUGAGCCACUCAUUCAAAUAAAACUAAGAAUAAUCUUUCAAAUAAAAUUAAAUCCAUGUUUCUCUCUCAAAAAUCAAAGCUAGAAGACAAGUGUUUUUGAGCAAAUUUUUUAACAUUAAAGUAGUCGAUUAUGGCAUAAAAUGGCAGUUUUUGUUGUUUUUUAGCAUUACCCUUAUUCUGUAAAACCUGUAUUAAGUGGUCACCCCACCACUCCCUGUGGAUGACUGCUUAAUACAGUUUGGACUGUACUAUUUUGUUUCUUGAUCAAAAUUUUAAAGGUUUUGUUUUUCUUUCAGGCAAAGUUCAAGGUGCAGCAGAUGCCUGAUGAGAAAGAAUGCAUUAUUGAAUGCGAAGGAAUAGGUUUAAAAAACCCACAUUUAUAACAAUUAGACCUUCCUCAGCUUGUAAAUAUUAAUAAAGAAUCACUAAUGAAUAAAUUAUUGAGGAAUAAAUAAUGUAUCUGUACCUGGUGGUAUGAGAUGUGAUUGUCUACCUGAAAUAAAUACUUAACCCUUUCACUCCCAAGAUCUAAUUAGU